AUGCCUAAACAUGGAAUUGUUCCUUACAAAUCUCAAGAUGUAGAAGAGGUCCAACACCUUCUUCGAAAUCUCAACGAUAGCACUGGCAAGGGAAAGAAACAUGGUUUUAGCUGCAAGAAAACUCCCUUUCAAGUUGAUGGGUCUCCAGCAAAGAUCGUCGUCGAAUCUUGGCGUUUUCAAGAUUGGGACUACAAGCGUGAUGAUUUACCAACAUACGCACGAGGUCUUUUUACUGGCAAAAAUGAAAAGGAUCAACCAGAGAUUGCAGUUCGUGGUUAUGAUAAGUUCUUUAACAUGGAAGAGGUCAGUGCUACGAGAUGGAGCAAUAUCCAAGAGAAAACCCAAGGUCCUUAUGAGUUGAGUCUCAAAGAAAACGGAUGUAUUGUCUUUAUUAGUGGACUUCACGAUGGUACUCUAUUGGUUUGUAGCAAGCAUUCCACCGGCCAAGGAAACAAGCCAGAAAUGAGCCACGCAAAAGCUGCCGACAGACGGGUCGACAAACAACUUCAAGCUAUUGGAAGAACUCGAGAGGAUCUCGCGAGAGAGCUGAGGAAGAGAAAUGCUACUGCAGUUGCUGAGCUUUGCGAUGAUGAUUUCGAGGAGCACAUUUUAGCUUAUGGUAAAGAGGAUGCCGGACUUUAUCUUCAUGGUAUCAAUAUCAAUCUUCCAGAGUUCAUGACAUACCCUGGAGAUCAAGUUCAAGCCUUUGCUGCGGAAUGGGGAUUCAAGAAGACUGAUUUCCUGGUUAUGGACGAUAUUAAAGUCGCUAAAUCUUUCCUCGAUGAAGUAGCUGAAACUGGAUCUUACCAAGGACGUGAUAUUGAAGGUUUCGUUAUUCGUUGCAAGGCUCGUACCGGAUCAUCAGAAUCAUACUCGGAUUGGUUCUUCAAAUACAAAUUUGAGGAGCCAUACCUUAUGUAUAGACAAUGGCGUGAAUGUACAAAGGCCUUGAUUGCCAAGAAACCUCCUCGUUUCAAGAAACACGUCAAGAUCACAGAAGAAUACCUUUUGUUUGCACGAAACCGACUUGCCGAGGAUCCCAAUUUAGGAAAAGAGUAUGCACAAAAUCAUGGCAUCAUCAAGCUGAGAGAUGAUUUCCUAAAGGAAAUUAACCUGAAAGGUUCGGAUAUCAUUCGCCAGGAAUAUACUCAACUAGGAGGUUCACCGAAUGAAGUGAGCAAUAAUGUUAUUCUAGUUCCAGUUGCUACAAUUGGUUGUGGAAAGACAACUAUUGCACUUGCUCUUAGCCAUCUUUUUGGUUGGGGACAUAUUCAAAAUGAUAACAUUACAGGCAAGAAUCGCCCACCUCGAUUUACCAAGGAAGUUUUGACCCAGCUCGAAGAGAAAUCUGUUGUCUUUGCCGAUCGAAAUAAUGCUUCAAGGCAUGAGCGAGCACAAAUUAUUGAAGAUGUUCAUCUUACUCAUCCACACGUUCGAUUAGUCGUGUUAAACUUCGUUCAUGAUAAGGGAUCUCUCGAUAAAGUUCGCCAAGUUACUCAGGAUCGAGUACUGACACGAGGUGAUAAUCAUCAAACUCUUCAAGCAGCAACUGAUUUGAAGAAAGUCGUGGGCAUCAUGGAAGGAUUUGUACAACGUUUUGAACCAGUAAAUAUGUUCGCAUCACCCGAUGAUGGAUUUGAUUCUUCCAUCGAGCUGGAUCCUACCAAGGACUCGCGAGAAAACCUUGAGACUGUUAUCGGACAGCUUUCAACACAAUACCCAAAGUUGUUUACCGAUUUACCUACGAGCGAGGACCUUGAUGAAGCCAUUCAACUUGCAAUGAGUGAUUACAAGCCAGAUCUCAGACAUGACCUUAGUCGUGGACCUAAGAACAACAAUAAGAACCAACAGAAAGAAAACAAAAAUAUCGGCAAAAAGAAGAAGCCAUUAGAAUACGUUUCUAUUUCCCUCCCACGAAACGAGAUCAAAGAGGCACUUGAUGAUGCGUUCGGUCGUGUAUCCUCGGAUAAGGCUAAAUUUUACAAAGUACUCGAGAAAUCUCGUCGAGUUCAGCCUGAGUUCCACGUCACCCUCAUACAUCGAGCCAACUCUAAGAACUUUCCCGAGUUAUGGCAAAAAUAUAGUGAUAUGCACGAAGGAGGACAAGUUGCAAGCGAUGCUUCAAAUCCAGGCAAAUUUGGUGAUUGUCAAGUUAUGCUAGAGAGAAUCGUAUGGGAUAAUCGCAUCAUGGCUAUCGUAGCCCGAUUAGUCGAUGAUGGUUGGGAAUGUACUAAUGAAGUAGCACAUAUUACUGUUGGUAUGGGAGGAGAUCAUAUUAAACCUAGAGAAAGUAAUGAUUUGUUAAAACGUUGGCUUGAAGAGGGAAGUGGUGAGGAGAAUAAUAUUGGGGAGAUUGCCAUUGAGGGGAGGAAAAUUGUUAGGGGUGUGGUGAAGGGGGUUGUUUCUAGGUGA